GAGCGCUUCGGUGAUUUUAACGGGACAGUUCGGUUCCUGUAGAGGCGCGUCGCGUUGCGCGGCCGGUGUGCGGCAAGUAUUGACGCGCUUAUAUUGUUUGAGAGAUUGUGUAAACGCUGCUGUUCCAUGGGAGGAGCCUGAAGUGAUACAAUCUGAUGUGAACGUAAAUAUGCGCGUUAAAUAAGGACAGAAACAGCAGCGGAGGGACGCGAGCGGGAUGCCGUUGGUCUUCAAACUUCUCUGCCUCUGCGUUUUAAAGAUGGGCGUCUUCUCUGCGUCUGUCACUCAAGCCAGCGUCCAAUCAGAUGUUCAGUGUUAUGACUGGGGCGUGUGGAGCGAGGGUUCGGUGCGGGUGUAUGACGGGGAGGUGGCGUAUCUCUACUGUCCGCUCUUCUCUCAUCCCACGCUCUACAGCUACAGUCAGACGCAGAACAGCAGUUUGUCUCUGCUGUGGUACCGACACACACGCACACACGAGCUGGAGCAGCCCAUCAACCUCAAACUACACACACUGCACAAAGACCGCGAGUACCUGUGGAUACAACCGGCCACGACGCAGGACGCCGGACUCUACAUCUGCAUGCUCCGCAACAUUUCGUCGUGUGUGAAGAUCGGUGUGCAGCUGGAGGUCGUUCAGAAGGACGGCGAGUGUGACAAGAACGCUCAACCUCACCUGAACCUGACUAUACCGUUUCUGAGCAAACAAACCCUCUCCUGUCCAGACCUGAACAAACUCACGCUGCCCAACAGCACACACACCGUCAGAUGGUACCACGUGAGUCCGUCCGUCUGUGUGUUUGUGUGUGAGAAUAAACAUCUGAGACGAGACACAGCGACGCUGUCCUGUCGUGUGCAUCUGCCUCACCUGUUCAACGAAAAGCAGGACGUCUGGUGGACCAUCGACAACAAAACCGUGGAGCAACUCGCCGACACGCGAUUCAGCUCACCUGAGGCCACGCUUGUGAGAAAUGAUUACGGUGACGAGAUCAAAGAACGAGUCCUGUAUGUGAAGGAUUUUUCAGCUGACGACCUGCAGAGGGAGUUUAACUGCUCUGUCAGAAACAGCCGCGGGUUCAACACCAGCAGAGCCGUACUCGAAACCGAACCGUACAUCCCGACUCUAGAGCUGGGCUGUGGUUUAGGAGUGACGCUGGCACUGAUGUUGAUGAUGUUUGUCAUCUAUCACGUGUUCUGGCUCGAGCUGCUGCUGCUCUAUCGCUCCUGGUUCGGCUCAGAUGAGAGAUACACAGAUGAUAAGCAGUAUGACGUGUACAUCUCGUACGCUCGCAACACAGAGGAGGAGGAGUUUGUUCUGUCCACGCUGCGUAGAGUCCUGGAGACUGAGUUUGGAUACUCCGUCUGCAUCUUCGACCGGGACAGUCUUCCUGGAGGAAACCUAAUGGAGUCGGUUCUCAAGUGUAUGCAGGCGUGUCGGCGACUGUUGGUGGUUUUGAGUUCGGACUGUUUAUGUGAGAAGAGCAUCAGUCUGCUGGAGUGUCGUCUUUGUUUGUACCUGCAUCACACUUCGCGAGCGCCCAUCAUCACGGUGAGACGGCGCGCUCUCAGCGCCCCCUGCGGUGACAUCGCAGAACUGCGCAACAACUCGACUUCCAUCCGCUGGCACGGCGCACGCUCAGAGCGAAAGAACUCUCGCUUCUGGAAGCUUCUGCGACUUGCGCUGCCUCUGCGACCACUCGCUCUCGGGAAAAGACUCAUCGAUAGCACUUCCUCCCAUUCGGACCUGGCAUCGGUGGCCACGCGCUAUACGCAAGCGCAGACCAUCUCACUCAGUCGACGUAGCAAAGGGGGGCGGGACGGAAUGAGGCAAGUGGGCGUACGUGACAGAAGUGGGCGGAGCUGUGAGCAAAAGGGGCGGGGCUGUGCAAUCUGCGUGAGUUUUCAGGAAAGUCGUCGAAUUUGGGGCGGAGUUAUCGCUACUCAGUGGAGCACACACCUACAUCAGCCUGUAGCCAAUGGAACGAUACCUCACGCCACGCACAACUCCAACAGUGAACCUGGAAACGACCCCGGCACUGAGCUCUGCCCCUGUGAACCAAUCAACAACAACCAGCCCAAUGAACUACAAACCACACACUGUUGACGCACACUGCUGGACUAACCAGCGAAUAUUAUGAAUGAAACGUGUAAAUCACAAUAACUUCAGGUAAUAUGUA